CGCGCCGCUUGCUAAAUACCUACCUAUCAAUGUCAAAAUAAAUCGCUUUCAUUAAAAAUUAUUAUUCGCAAAAACAUUGCCGUUUUAUCAGAGUUCCGUGUUAAAGCUUUAUAUUUAAUGUAGUUAUUCUCUCAAAUGAAAUAUUACCAUCAUAACAAUGCAAAAGAACAAAUAAGAACACCGAAUGCCUCAAAAAAGUGACUAGAAAUGGACCAACAAUUCUCAUUGUCUUGGAACAAUUUCCACGGGAAUCUUAGCAAAGGUUUCGCUAAUUUGCUAGGAAAUGGUGAAUUCGUAGAUGUAACCAUCGCAGUGGACGGUCAUUUAUUACAAGCGCAUAAAGUUAUACUUUCAAUAUGUUCGCCGUAUUUCAAAAAGAUGUUCCAAUUAAAUCCCUGUCAGCAUCCAAUUGUUGUAUUAAGAGAUGUGACCCACAAGGCCAUGAGAGAUCUGUUACAAUUCAUGUACCAUGGAGAAGUGAGUGUCAAAAGAGAAGAUCUAACAAGCUUUAUAGGCACAGCUGAAGUGUUACAAAUAAAAGGAUUAACUAAUAAGGAGACUGAAGAAGAAGUGUUUGAGACAGACAAAGAUACUCCGAAACAAACUCAAAACGACAGUCCUGAUGGUGAAUCAAGCACAUCUGAUGCAUAUGACUCAGCACCAAAUGAAAUACCAGAAAAUAAUGAAAUAGAUUUAAAAAAACAAAGACAGUUCAUAGAAAGAUUACAAAGGCUAAGUAGUUUAAAACGAAAAUCAGAUGAAUUUCUACAAAAGAAUUACUAUUCAGAUAUUGCUAAUGCCGAGAAGAGGCCUAAAGUCACAGAGAAAAUGGCAUACAAUAAAUCAAAUCAGUUAUUACAGUCCACUAAGAUUGAGAGUAUAAGAAAUUUAUAUGAAGAAAAUGCUGUUGAAAUUACAACAUCUCUAAAUCCAAGUAUGCAAAAGCUUUGUACAGAAAAACAAGUAUCUGACGACAAGAAUAAUUUAUCAGAUAAUACAUUAGAAUUAAAAACAGAAUGUGAUGAUAGUGAUAUUAUAGUGACCGAUCCAGCCGUUUGUACAACUCCUAAAAGUUACGACAACUCUAGAGAAGGAAAGCCCAGUAUAUUAGUACCAGUUGACUACCAAUCACCACAAGAAAAUGCUCUAUCGCUGGUUAUGAACGGCACAUGCGAGUCUCAGUUACCAGUCCGUUACAAGUAUAUCUACAGUAGGAAAGGGCAUAAACAACUAGUCUAUAUGAACUUCGUGUACACCAAGCAUUCUACCACGCACGGCAAAACGUCGUGGCGAUGCGUACAGUACUUCUCUCUGAACAGGUGUCCAGCGACAGUUGAGACCAUAGACCACAUGAUCUAUGCUGUCAACCAUAAACACAACCACGAAGAUUGCUAUGAGAAAUUGUUGAAGAAUAAAAUUUUUGAAAUGGACGGAGUCCAAAAUAAUUAGAAUAUGGUUAUUCUAUCUCAGUAAGUUUUGGAUUUGAAUGUAUAAGGUGAUAGAUAGUGUUUGUGUGUGUAAACUUAGGGAGUGUUAGCACAACAGAAACUCAUUGUUCAAAUAUUUUCAAUUUGAUACAGGGAGGGGACUUAUCAUAUAGAAAACCGUUUACCAAAAAGCUUAGCAUCAACUCUUGACAGAUUAUCUAUGCGAAAAUUUGAAGAGGAAGGAAGAUUUUUUGCUUAUUUUUAAUAGUCUCUGAAACUAGUGGAUCGAUUUAAAAUUUCAACAAUGGAAAGCUACAUUAGCAGAGAGUAACAUAGAUUUUUCCCCGUAUUCCAACGGGAACGGGAAGUACGUGGAUUAUAACUUAUCUAUAAAUAUUUAUGUUUUGCUUACUCUCUAGUUUCACACAAAAACACCGUCGGUAUAUCUUACUACCAAAUCCAAACCUUAAAGUAGAAUCUCUAUAUUUAAUUUUGUAGCUUAUUGGACUUGCAACCAGUGGCGGAUUUGGAAAUUUGCCGCCAAUAGGCUAUUAAAUUUUUUCACCUACUGAACUCUAAAAUUCGAUAGGUAUCCUAGUUUGCAAUAAAUACAAUUAAGUACCUUAAAUUUUAUUAACAAAAUUGCAAGCAUCCUGUACAGGAUGUACUGGACUAAAAUAUUUAAAUUAUGGUUACAUUUUCUUUUUAUCUGUAGAUGAGAAAGUUUUUUGGGUCAAAUUUGCCACCCCCUAAAAUCUACCGUCCCAGGCUCCAGGAUACUUCGCCUAUUGGUAAAUCCACCACUGCUUGCAACUGCAAAUGAAAUUGUAAAAUGCGGUAAUUUCCCUUAUAACUAUAAUUUGUCCACUUUCGAAAGUCUGUUUAUGGUUUAAGAUCUGGCUUUAGAGGUGUAUACCAUCAUGUUAUUUUAAGUGAUAAAUGGUAUAUAAUAUUACAGUGACAAAUUGCAAAUAGGUUGCCUAGCUAAAUUGCGGUCAAACACAUUUUUCAUAGAAAAUCUAGGAAACCCAGAACUAUACCAAAGGCAACUUAAUACAGUAAAUUUAAGCAUAAAAUAAGCUUCCAUUUGACAUAUUAGACGACUAAAUAACUGAUGAGGGUAUUUGUAUAAAAUUAAUUAACUGUUUAUAUCUGGGAACCACAAAGUUGCACUGUUAAAGCAGGCAACCUUUACAUUUUCAAUUCUGUUGGGUAUAUUAUUUUAACUAGUCUAUCAUUUUUAUUAAUUAAGCAAAGAGGGUAGUAGAUUAAAUAAAUUUAAUGAAAAAUUUAAUCAUUUGAUAGUCACCGGGCACAAUUUUGCUAGGCAACAACCUAUUCACAUAUUUUCUAUCAUUUAUUUAUUUAUAUUAAAUUUAAUAUGGUAGGAGAAUCACAAUCUUUUGAUGUUCAUAAAAUAAGACGGAUUUACAAGACCAGUCCUGGGUUCGAUCCCCCGGCUGGACCGAUUAAGGUUUUCUUAAGUGGUCCAGCUCUGGCUGGUGGGAGACUUCGGCCGUGGUCAGUUACCACACUACCGACAAAGACGUACCGCCAAGCAAUUUAGCGUUCCAGUACGAUGUCGUGUAGAAACCGGAAGAGAUGUGGAUUUUCAUCCUCCUAACAAGUUAGCCCGCUUCCAUCUUAGAUUGCAACAUCACUUACCAUCAGGUGAGAUUGUAGUCAAGGGCUAACUUGUAAAGAAUAAAAAACAAGAUAUCUAAGCUAGGUUCGUAGUCCAUCAGACUAUCAUAUUGAGAAUUGAAUUGGACACGCCAAAUUGAAAAAUGAGUUUUGCACAAAGUGCAAACACAAAUAAUACGAUAGCAGUACUAUUUGGACAGAUAGAUACAGUAUUAUUUGGACAUUUUAGUUCAUAGAAAGUGUAAAGUUCCUAUAUAUUAAGUAGUACGGCAAAAUGUGUAGCUACUAUUACAUACUAUUUACUCAUUGCGAAAUGUGUUUCAUGUAAAACUAUUUUGUAUAAUCUAUUUUAUGGAUCAUUUAACAUAUUUACUACUCAUUGUAUAUACUUAGUUAAAAAUCAAU